CGCUGGAACCCAGACAAGCCGGCGAUAAGCCGCACAUGCAGACGUACGACGUGGACCUGAACUCGUGCGGCCCCAUGCUGCUGGACGCGCUCAUCAAGAUCAAGAACGAGAUGGACCCGACGCUGACUUUCCGCCGCUCUUGUCGCGAGGGAAUCUGCGGCUCCUGCGCCAUGAACAUCGGCGGCGUCAACACGCUGGCCUGUAUCAGCAAAAUCGACACGAACUUGAGCAAGCCGACCAAGAUCUACCCGCUGCCGCACAUGUACGUCAUCAAGGACCUGGUGCCCGACAUGAACAACUUUUACGAGCAGUACCGUAACAUCCAGCCGUGGCUGCAGCGUGAGGACGUCAAGGGUCGGCAGACAGAGUUCCUGCAGAGCGUCGACGACCGCAAGAAGCUGGACGGCUUGUACGAGUGUAUCCUGUGCGCCUGCUGCAGCACCUCGUGCCCGUCCUACUGGUGGAACGGCGACAAGUACCUGGGCCCGGCGGUUCUCAUGCAGGCCUACCGCUGGAUCAUCGACUCGCGCGACACGGCUACCGAGGAGCGGCUGGGCCGGAUCCGCGAUCCGUACUCGGUGUUCAAGUGCCACACCAUCAUGAACUGCACCAAGACCUGCCCCAAGGGCUUGAACCCAGGCAAGGCCAUCGCUGAGAUCAAGAAGCUGCUGUCGGGCAUCGCCAAGAAGGGGGAGCCCGGCAUGGCGACGACGGGCGUCUAGUGGCGUCGCCAGCGUCCCGUAGUGGUGCCGCGUCUGCAGGAGUCUGGGUUCCGCGGCCCGGCCCGACCCGGCUGCCGGCCAACCGGCGCAGUCCUGGCGUGUGCAGAGUGCGUGGUGCGGACAAUAGGAGAUACGGUGUCGGUGUGAUAUUUUGAUUUAAAUGGACGUUUGCGAACGUGCGAGGUGCCGCUCUGGCCCUAGCGGAGAUUUGUCCAGUCCCGCUGCCUGUUCACGUUGUAUUGUAUAUAUGCAUUGUAUGUGACAAUGUGACGCGUCUGGAUACAGCGAAUACCCAGAAAAACAUCGGGGAACUACCUCUCAGAUCGGCCAACAACGUUCCCCAAAUAAACCGCAGCCCUACAUA